CCUGACUCCGCCCCCAACAGGAGGGAAACAAGCGAGCGUGCGCGCCUCCGGGGUCUCCUGGGAAGAGUAGUUGUCCUGGGCCAGCUCCCUCACGCUUCUGGGAAAUGUAGUUUCUGGUCUGUAGGCAAGACGGAACGAGCGGGGGAGGCCCCUUACGCAAACUACAAUUCCCGGCGGGGAGCGCGCUGAUGAGGGGCGGGAUCUGAACAUGGCGGCGGUGGUAGCUGCUACGGCGCUGAAGGGCCGGGGGGCGAGAAAUGCCCGCGUCCUCCGGGGGAUCCUCUCAGGAGCCACAGCUAACAAGGCUUCUCAGAACAGGACCAGAGCAUUGCAGAGCCACAGCUCCCCCGAGAACAAGGAGGAACCUGAGCCCCUAUCCCCUGAGCUGGAGUACAUCCCUAGAAAGAGGGCGCGGAACCCCAUGAAAGCUGUGGGACUAGCCUGGUACAGCCUGUACACGCGCACCUGGCUCGGGUACCUCUUCUACCGGCAGCAGCUGCGCAGGGCUCGGAAUCGCUACCCCAAAGGCCAUUCCAAAACCCAGCCCCGCCUCUUCAACGGAGUGAAGGUGCUUCCCAUCCCCGUCCUCUCUGACAACUACAGCUACCUCAUCAUUGACACCCAGGCCCGGCUGGCUGUGGCUGUGGACCCUUCAGACCCUCGGGCUGUGCAGGCUUCCAUCGAGAAGGAGGGAGUCACCUUGGUUGCCAUUCUCUGCACCCAUAAGCACUGGGACCACAGUGGAGGGAACCGUGACCUCAGCCGGCGGCACCGGGACUGUCGGGUGUAUGGGAGCCCUCAGGAUGGCAUUCCCUACCUCACCCACCCCCUGUGUCAUCAAGAUGUGGUCAGUGUGGGACGACUCCAGAUCCGGGCCCUGGCCACCCCAGGCCACACCCAAGGCCAUCUGGUCUACCUGUUGGAUGGGGAGCCCUACAGGGGUCCCUCUUGCCUCUUCUCAGGAGACCUGCUCUUCCUCUCUGGCUGUGGCAGGACCUUUGAGGGCACAGCAGAGACCAUGCUGAGCUCGCUGGACACUGUACUGGGGCUGGAGGAUGACACCCUGCUGUGGCCUGGUCAUGAGUACGCAGAGGAGAACCUCGGCUUUGCAGGAGUGGUGGAGCCUGAGAACCUGGCCAGGGAGAGGAAAAUGCAGUGGGUGCAGAGGCAGCGGAUGGAGCGCAAGAGCACGUGCCCGUCCACCCUGGGAGAGGAGCGCUCCUACAACCCGUUCCUGAGGACCCACUGCCUGGCGCUGCAGGAGGCUCUAGGACCUGGCCCAGACCCCACCGGGGAUGACAGCUGCUCCCGGGCCCAGCUCUUAGAGGAACUCCGCCGGCUCAAGGACAUGCACAAGAGCAAGUGAAGCCCCCAGCCCAGCCCAGCCCACCCCCACGGUGGGGAGGCCACCCAUCGCCCACACCUCACUGUCCUCCUCGCCACCUCCGCAACCUCCUUCAUCAGCACUCACUGGCAUCAUGCACCCACCACCUGAUCAGGGGGAGGGGAAGGACCAGGCGAUGAGACCCCACAGGUGAGGCUGGGUCAUCACAAGUGAGAGGAAAGGACAGGCACUGUGAUAUCUCUGGACCCUGCUAACUUUGAGGGUCCCCUCGUCCCUUCCCCCACUUGUGGGACAGCGGCACAAACAGGGAGGCUGCUGUGACUUCCCUGCCUGGGAGACCUCAUUUUUGCUGUAGCCCUGACACCCAGGGCAGCAGAAGCCAUGCCAGGUUGAGUCCAUUUUCCACCUUCCCCAGCCACAGUUGGGGUCUUGGGAAAGCAGUCAGAGGGCAGCCAGACAGAUGACUAGGUCCCUGCCCCUCCUCCCCAAGCUUCCUGCCCCACCCUGCCCUGCCAAGGCAUUUUCAGACAGAGCCAUUCCUAAGACCCCAAAGGGCUGGAAGUCGGGCUCUGGUCAUCCUCUGCCUCUGUGGCUCCCCUACAGUCUAGAAGGGGGUGUGUCCUGGUUGCCAAGGAAACCUCUGCCUCCAGCUGAGACCCAGACACAGGGAUCUAGAGCCGGGCAGGCUCAAAGGCACCCGCUCACCCUAUACAUCUGGCCUGAGCCUGACCGCUGACCUCUGCCCCUGCCCUGGCCACAAGGGCCUCCUUCCCAGGGGAGAGAGAGCCACAGGACACCUCAGCUGAUGCACUUUCCUCACUUUAGCCUUUGUUCUUAGGAAUUUCUGCCUGCUGCCUUCUAUCUUACUUAAUCCCUCUUGCUUUAUCCUUGACCGCUUUCUUCUUUGAGUUAGUGAUUUAUUUUCUAGCCCUGACAUUCACUUGGCCCUUUGCAGUUCGCCAAGAACACUCAUUCCCAUGAUUUCCCAUCGCAUCCGCGGCCCCAUCCUGGCUGAAGGAGGAGGCUCUGUGCAGCAGGCCUGGACCCUUCCCCUCUGCUCACCCCUCCUCCAGGUCUGCUUCUCCCCUGGUCCUGGGUUCAGGUCCCUGUGGGGCCGCGGUGAAGAACCCUCGGUCCCCAGGCAGACACACAUGGGUCAGCCGGCGCCUUCUCUUCCUGUGUCGGAGCCUCCCAAGAUGCCCCCGUCCUCAGUUUCCCCUCUUCACCUGGCCUCUCCAGCCUUAGUCCCUGGAGCCCACUCUAGCAAUACCACCAGACUAGUUAUCCUUCCUGCCCC